ACAUGUACUACUUUUUUUUACAGGAAUUGAAGAUGGCUAAACGGUUAGGUUUUUGUCACAAGGUAUCAAGAUUGUUUCAACCAACAAAUGUUGUUCCAGCUGGAGCCCAAGUUAAAAAUAAAGAUAUUCUCUCAAAAAGCUAUAAAUUGAUGAUUGAUGGAGGAGUUAUAGCACAUGCACAGAAUGGAUUCUUUUAUCUGCUGCCACUGGCCACCAGAGCUUUGGACAAGCUGACAAGGCUGGUGGACGAGCACAUGAUGAGCAUCGGGGCACAGAAGAUCUCUUGUCCCACACUGACUAGUUCUGACAUCUGGGAGAAAACAGGCAGACUUUCAAUGGCAGGUUCUGAGUUAUUCCACUUGAAAGAUCGUCAUAAUAAAGACUUCAUCCUCAGUCCUACACAUGAGGAAAGCAUCACACAGAUGUUAGCCUCUCAGCCAGCACUCUCGUACAAGCAACUGCCAUUGCUUCUCUAUCAAACCACAGCAAAGUUCCGAGAUGAGAUGAAACCUCGGUUCGGCCUGCUCCGCACCCGUGAGUUCCUCAUGAAGGAUCUCUACUCCUUCGAUACUUCUGCUGAAGCUGCUCAAGCUACGUACGAACUGGUUUCUAAAGCUUAUCACGGAAUAUUCAAUGAGAUAGGUGUGAAUUAUUUUAAAGUGAGAGGCCUGUCUGGGGUGAUGGGAGGGGAAGUUUCCCAUGAGUUCCACUUCCCUGCAGAUAUCGGAGAUGACACCGUGCGAUCCUGUGGUGACUGUGGCCAUGGAUGGAACAAGGAAACAAAUGAAAAUGGUCCCUGUGAGCACUGUGGGAGCAACAACAUCUCUGAGUCUAAGGGGAUAGAGGUCGGCCACAUGUUCAUCUUGGAUACAAGGUACUCUGCACCCCUACAGGCCACAUACACUGGGGCAGAUGGUGGCAGGCAGCCCCUGGUAAUGGGCAGCUACGGUCUGGGGCUGACUCGGAUACUGGCGGCAGGACUGGAGGUACUGUCUCUCCCUGACCAGCUGAGAUGGCCCCCCGCCCUAGCACCAUACACCCUUAUCAUCAUCACACCUAAGGAAGGAAGCAAGGAAAGCCAUAGCACUGAGCAUCUUUCUGAAGAGCUGUACUGGAGUCUGCAGGAGGUGAGAGGGCUGGAGGGAGAAGUGAUCAUAGACGACAGGUCACAUUUAACUAUUGGACGGCGGCUACAGGAGGCUCGGCGGACUGGCUAUCCAUUGGCUGCAGUGGUGGGCAAGGCAGCCGUUGGACCUGUCCCUGCCAUAGAACUCCAAAACUUAAUCACAGGCCAAACUACCCUGCACAGCCUCUCGGACUUUGUCGGUGUUGUAGCUGACUGUAGUAAAGUUGUUGCAGUACAGUAAAGUGUAUAUCAAUGA